UACGAGCCCAGCAGCCCGCAACAAGUCCAACCAAGCUCGCCCAGCAGCAACCACUGGCUCUGCCCCGGGCGCUGAUGGGCCGCGUUGCAGGCAGUCAUGUCUCUCUCUGCGCGGUCUCCCUCGAGCUGACCUAGACACCUCCUCUUUCCUUAGACUUCUUUAUCCUCCUCUCACUCCUCCAUCCCCCAUUUUCAUCUCUAAACACCUUGUAUUCUGGUCGUGAAGCUUUGGCGAUCAAUUUUCCCUCGUUUCCUUGCAUUCCAAGAACGCCCCCAUUGAGUUACUCGAACAGUCAUUAUCGCUGACGUCACCAUGCCCGGCGAAGAGCCAGAGAAAGGAGACAAAGUCACAUGGAACUGGGGCGGAGGCCAGCCUGGAGGCACCGUCGCUGAGAAGAAGACCGAAGGCGAGGUCGCCAUCACCUCCAAGCGCGGCAACAAGAUCAAGAAGAACGCGGAGCCAAACAACCCUGCCGUCCACAUCGAGCGGUCGGGCCAAGACGUGGUCAAGAAGGCCUCCGAGCUCAACGUCGAGGAAAAAGCCAAUGGCGACGCCGGCGCCGCCGAUGCCGACAACAAGGAUGAGUCUAAAGAGGAGGCCGAGACCACGAACGGCGAGAAGAGGAAGCGCGACGAGGUAGAGCAGGACGACAAGGAGGAAGACAACAAGCCAGACGAGGCGGGGCCUCUCGAGGAGAAUGCCGAGGGCAAGACCGUGAAGGCCAAGGAGCCCGCCGCGAAGAAGCAGAAGAAGGAGCCCGCGAAGAAGAAGGGCGCCCCGAAGAAGGAGGCAGAGGCGGAGGAAAAGCAAGCAGAAGAACCAGAGAAGAAGAAGGAAGAAACAAAGCCCACAGAAAACAACAAGAAGACGGCCGGCCGGCCCAAGAAGGCUGAGGGCGCACCAGCCAAGCAGAAGAAACAACCAACGCCGCGCGCAACAGACGGUGUCGGAUCCCGCACCAGGAGCCAGCAGAAGGCGUAAAGCCUUUCUUUGUGAAACGUCUAGCCUUGUCUGCACACGCGAGAGCAUCGAAGGGACUAGCUAGCGAAUCUGGGAUGCAUGCAUUGUGAACGGUCGGAUCUGGAGGGCAUGGGCCAGAGGAUUAAUGAGGAGAUGUCUUUCUGCACGGGGAUGGGGAUGAGGAUGGGGGCCGGGCAGGGUAGGGUAUGCUGGGUGAUUUCUUGUAUAUUAUUCCCGUCCCUCCUUUAGCUUGGACAAGUAACGGAGGACGAGCCUGUUUCUGGCUGCAAUGUAUUGAGUGUUCCUAUUG